AUGUCCGCAUGGACGGAUUGGGGAUCCUGGAGCUCUUGUUCAGACACCUGUGGCUAUGGCCUCAGGGAGCGCUAUAGGAACUGCAGUGGAACGUCUGACAUGCAGAAUUUCUGUGUUGGGUCUGAUGUUCAAAAUGUGAUGUGCAAAACAUCAUGUAAUGAAAACAGAUAUCAAUUAGUGGUUCCUGUGAUAUAUUUCUACGCCAAAACCCCAGCACAGCUAACCAUGACGUCGGUACUAGACGUCAUUUUCACUUCUGUGAAUGUCAAUGAAGGUCAAGGCUAUAACCCAUCCAAUGGCAGAUUCACUGUGUCAGUCGCCGGCCUGUAUGUGUUCACAGUUCAACACUGCAUCCAAUCUGCGAAGUUUUCCGACCUGGAAAUUGUUCACCAAGGGAAAACACUGCAACGGGCAGUGUACCAGGAUGGUGAUGACCUAUACUCGUGUUCCGCUAUGCAGGCAUUUACAAUGGCUACAAUGGCGGAUGAAAUAUGGGUGAAGACCACGGGAGAGUGUUAUUUCUAUGAGGACGGUGUUCGCUAUACAUCAUUUUCCGGCGCACUGAUUCAUACAUAA